AUGGAGAGAUCAGUUAGCCCAGAAUCCAAUCCGGAUGCCCCCUUCAACGUGAGCAAUACUUUAGCUCCCCCACGAGUCAACAAGGCCGCCGGUACUACGAAUGUCACCUUCGACGGACUCCUGAGCGAUCCGCUGCUCUUGAAGGAAGAUCUCAAAAAUGGCUGCGGUGGUCAGCUUUGGCCAGCCGGAAUGACUCUGGCUAGAUAUCUUCUUGCUCAACACGCCUCGGACAUGUCUGGGAAAACCAUGUCGGUUAGCCCCGUGGAAAUCGGAGCCGGAGGAGGCCUCGUCGGUCUCGGCGUCGCACGCGGAUGUGAAUUCGCAUCACCGAUCCACAUCACUGAUCAACUACCCAUGUUCGACCUAAUGCAAGACAACAUCCAAUUGAACCAACUCGGCACAAAAGUCAAAGCCUCAAUAUUAGACUGGGGAGAGCCGCUCCCGGCUCACAUCCCCGCAAAUCCGGACAUCAUCAUUGCUGCCGACUGCGUCUACUUCGAGCCCGCUUUCCCUCUUCUCCUCUCCACCCUGCAAGAUCUCAUCGGCCCCAACACAGUGUGCUACUUCUGCUACAAGCGCCGCCGAAGAGCGGAUCUACGAUUCAUGAAAAUGGCCAAGAAGGCCUUCGAUAUGCAAGAGAUUCGUGACGACCCUAAUGCGACUACCUAUAACCGCGAAAAUAUCUUUCUCUACUCCAUUCGACGCAAGACACCCAAAAGCAACAAUGAACUUGCAACGAAAUAG